AUGGCCGAUGCCACUACACCCAACAAGCGCUGCCACAACUGUCGACGGCAGCGACUCCGGUGUGACCGUUCCUACCCCCACUGUAACAAGUGCGUCCUCGCCGGCAAGGAGUGCCUAGGCUACGGCCAGCUAUUUCGAUGGACGGGCGCCAUAGCAUCGCGCGGCAAGCUGGCCGGUAAGACAUCCAUGGCUGCUGCUGAGCCGGCUGCUUCUGCUGCUGUCCACAAGCGGGAUGCUGCCCCGCCUCCGUCACCGUCAUCAUCGUCCUCAUCGUCGUCGUCAGCCUCUUCUCCUGCGUCGUCACCCGCCCCGCCGGCAGAGAAGAAGACGACUGCGGCUGGAAAGGUGCAGACUAAUGGGAAUGACUGGAUCUUGCUCCCCGGGGGUGACAACGACAACAGCAGCUUGGCUGUCAUCCGCACCGUCGACGUCACCGAACGGGUGUGCAGGGAUCUUGUAACGCACGACAUUCCCGAGAUCAACCCCUUUCGCAACCUCAUCCCCUUGACGAGGGACAACCCGCUGGUGCAGCACAUCAUCGUCGCCGCCGCUGCGGCUCACAGGUCCAACGUCAUCCAACUCGACCUCAGCCCCGCGGUGAGGCGGUCGAUGAUGCAGCUCCCCAGCACCGACGAUUCGAGGCGCGCCCUGCGCGACUCCCUCGUGGCCAAGCAAAAAGCCCUCCGGCUGAUGCGCGAGGCCGUGCAGAACAUUGACUCUGUCGGCGUCGACGUCGUCCUCGCCGCCUCUCUGUUCUUCGUCAACGUCGAGCUCAUCGAGUCUGGGAAGCACGGGUGGAAGGCCCAUCUGGAAGGUGCCGGCAGAGUUAUGAGUAUGCUGGGACCUGCUGAUGGGGCCAUUAGUGAAUUGCGCGACUACAUGCUCUCAGACUGCUUCAUUUACUUCGUCAUGGCGUCAGCCUUUACGCCGGCCACGUCAACGGUGCAGUGCUACUUUGAGUCGUCCCAGAUCCCACUCAUCAUCGAGCGCGCCACGAUAAACAGCUACCUCUGCGCGCCGCCCGAGAUCCUGGCCAUCAUCUACGCGGCCGCGCAGCUCUCCAACGUCAAGACGACGGACGAGGAGAUGGCCAGUCAGGUGGCGGCCGAGGGGCUGGAGCUCCUCAGCCGCACCGACGCCGUCGACGUCGCCUCGUGGGCUUCCAACGUCCUCAACGUGCCCUACCUCCGCGACAAGCCUCUCUCGAGCCGCAUCAACGCCGGGCUGGCCCACCGCCUGGCCGCGAGCCUGUACAUCGUGCAGGCCAUCCAACCCGUGAGAGACGUUGUCGGCAGCAGCAUGGCCGACGACCUGAGCGAGGCCCUGUACCAGCAGCUGUGCAGCAUCCCCGCCGACGACCCCAACUUCAAGUCCACCAGCUGGCCCAUCUUCAUCUACGGCGGCGGCGCGAAGAGCGCCGAGAGGCGCGCCUGGGUCAUGGACAGGCUGGACAAGCAGGUCCGUCUGGUGCCGUGGGGCUUCUUCUACACGGCCAUGGAGACGCUGCAGAUCAUCUGGAAACUCGACGCGCCCGAGGAUGACAAGAGGAGCUGGGUCGACACGCUCAAGGACCCGAGCCUGAACUUUCUCAUGGUGUGA